CUUAUCAGGUGUUAAAGAACUGUUAUGAGAUCUAUACUGUUUACUGUAACAUAAUUAUUAUCCGUAUUAAAUUUCAGAAAGCAUGGGAGGCGAUCAUGGGCAUCACCACAAAUAUGAAGUACCAGAUUACAGAAUUUACAAGAUUGAAGAUUGCCCUAAGUUGUUAAAAGUACAAAAAGCUCUGGAGCAGAAGGGAUUAAAGGAUCCAUGGCUCCGGAAUGAAGCUUGGCGCUUUCAUCAUUCUUUCAAAACUGAGGGGUACAAAGCAAGGCGAGCCAUUUUCCGUGGAAUACAGUGGGGAUUUGCUGCAUUUGUAGUGACUAUUGCAAUUGAGAAGGUGUGGGAAACAAUGUCACCUAGUGAUCACAGUCAUGUACAUCACUAAUACACUGUAAAAUAGUUAUAUUGGAAAUACUCGUGCAGAAUACAAAGUUUUGGGUGUCAGGAUAACAAAACAUUCACAGAUAGUGAUUUGUUAAUUCAGUAUAUAAUGUUUCAUAUGGUUCUGUAUUUGUUUUUGUUACAUAUGACCCCCUAAAUUUGUGUGCUGUGCUGCAGUUUUGUUUUAAAGUAAAGGACUUUAGAGUAGUCACUUUGGUAAGUUUAAUUUAAUUAUGAUUAAAUAUAAAGCUGUAGUAUAAAUACAAAAUAUAAAAUAAAGCUGUUAUGAUUUCA